AUGUAAAAUAACGAUCCAAUCCCAUUAUAUUUGCUAACAAAAAAAACUAAUGUAGAUCACUUAGUUGGGUCUAAAGCAUCCAGAACACAUACUAGAGUAGAGACAAAAGUGAGCACAUCAAUUUCAAAUUCUCAGAAUAGUCAACGCAAAACAUCUUACUAUAAUAGAGCUCCAUUAUCAACAAAAAAUUCAUUCAGCGUUCAUGUUGAUACUGAUGAAGGCGGAGGAGUUAAAAAAAUUUAGAGUUAUCAAAACAUUAAUAAUAAGAUGGAGAAAUUUUCAUAAUAGAAUAGACAUCUAAUUUGUAAAUUUUAUGAGGGCAUUUAUUUAAUUGGAAAUACAACUCUUGGCAAAACAGAGAUACUCUAUUAAUAUGGUGGAUGUCAUCUUGAAUAAUUGUUACCCGAUCUUGUAUUUCCCUAUGGAGCAAAGGAUGUCUAGAAAAAGUUAUCAGAUUCUCAAAGUGAAAUCAACGAAAUCCUUUAUAAGAGACAUGUCUCAGAAAACAAUCCAAAUUGCUUUAUUCUGCCAAUAAAAACUUCAGAGUCAUUUGAAAAAGCAUUAAUUAAUUAGCUUAUUGUAUUUAAUAGUUAUUUGAAGUGCGAAAGAGUACUCUGCAUAGUUUCAUAUUUGCCUUUGAUAAAAUAUUUUAUUGAUUUCUUGAUAGAAGUCAUGAAUUGUGCCAAAGAGGAGAGAUUUAAUAAUUUGACAUUCACAUAAUACAUUCAAAAAUGCCCUCUUUUUGAAACUCUGCCUAUUUAAAUUCCAAGCCAAUAAAUACCAUAAUCUUAUUAUGAGUUCCAUGAUUACCAUGUGAAAUAGUUAAAAAUACUAAACAAUGCCCUUAGUCUAGGAUUGGUUGCAAUAAAUAUCAUUUUAGAGAGAUCAGUGAUAUUUGUAGCCCCAAAUGUAUAAUAAUUAGGAGCAAUCCUUAUGCUUUUCUUAAAACAUGUGAAAUGGAUUCAUUAGAUGGUAGCUUCGAUUCCUCCAAAAAAUAUCGAACUAUUGAAUGUGCCUGUUCCCUUGUUAGGAGGAUUAGUCCUAGAUGAUUAUCAGUGUGUUGAAUAAUUAAUUGAUGAAUAUCCAAAUGUAGUUUUUGUGGACCUCUUUAAUUAGCAUGUCCGAAAUUCUCAAGAUUUCACGAAAAGUCUUGUAUAUAUAUUUUUGGUCAGAUAAUUACAAGGGAAAUCGUAUUAUGAGAUGGGAUAAAUUUUAGGACAGUUUUAAUAAAACUUAGUCUAAGAGACUACAAGAGACGAGUAUAUAAUAAAAGAAUUCAGACAAACUCAAUACUUUCAUGAGAUGGAUUAGAUGAAAUAGUCAAUGAAUGUAAGAAAUAUUCCUUCAAUGUCCCAACAUGUUAAAAGAUAAUAAUAAACUUUUAGAAAGUUUUGA